ACACACAUUUACACUCUGGCUCUCAGUGCCUCUGUCCAGACAGCUGCUCCAGACCUCACCGUCCCUUUCCAUUCAAACCAACUUCAAACCACACUUCUGUUUGUGUGAGCCAGCAUUUCAUCCAGAGCCUGCUGUGAAUUUCUGGGAGCCUCUUAGCUAGUAAAAAGUUUCAGUUGGAGGAACAGAGCGGUUACCAUGACAAGGAUCAUACUGCUGCUGCUGGUCGCCCUGACGGGGCCAUUCUGUACCUUCACCCGUGCAAGUACUAUAGUGGUGCCAACAGUCUCUGAUCUGGAUACGCCAGCAUUAAAUGAAUCAAACCAGCCUUCUGUCGAAGAAAAAGGAGAGGAACCAGCUCCACUUUCAACAGCAGCACCUCUCCCUGAGGCUAAAGAGGUGCCUGUCACAACGACUGAUGCACCAGUGGUUUCCACGGAAGCACAAGUACAAUCAGAGGCACCAACAAAUACAGAAAUCCAAACAGAUACAACAACACCAGCAGAACCUGAAACUGAAGGGCUAUUCAACACUACUACCACUGAUGAAGAGGGAGCAAUAUCGGAGGAAUCGAAUCAAACUAAAACAGAGGCAGGAACGCCAGAGAAUGGGGUGUUGAUAGAUGAGGAAGCUAUGGGCACCGGACAGUUGGUGGGGAUUGUAAUCGGUGCAUUGAUCGCAGUGAUUGUUGUCAUUGCUGUAAUCAUCUUGGUGGUUAGGAGAAUGGGCCAGUACUCGACGGCAAAGAAACGAAAGCCUCAAAAACAACAGGGCAUCUUGAUUUCUUCCCUAAAAAGAAAGUCGGCACAACAGCAAGAGAAGAAGAAGAGAUUCUGGUUGUGAUGUUUAAAAGCAAUAGCUGCACUCUAAUCAUCGAGGACUAUAAGGGCAGCAUGAGAGAGCUCACAUCCUCUUUUUUUACUCAGAAGUAAAAGAAUCUUUCCACAGCCUCCUCCUUUAACCCCAUUUAUCUCGCCUAAAACUCCCCUAAUUUACAUUGUAUAGCCUAUUUUUACCCCAACACUGGGAGGCCACAGGAAUUCAGAUGAUGUAAUUUUGAAAAUGCAUAUUAAUGUUAACAAGAGAAUGUAUGUGGUCUUACUGUGAAUUGGUGAAGGGCGUAAUAAACAAACAACAAACAGUUGCGCAUACAAGCAAAAGCUUAUGUUUUUUUAAUACCAAUGAGUGUAUAUAUCACACAAAGAAACUGCACAUCUCUUUACCUUUAUCAAAAUAUUUGAGUAUGAAACAGAUAAACACACAAAUGAAGACAUGAUCCAGAACAUGAUUUGAAUUAUUUUCUAUAUUUUUUGCAAAGGUGUCCUAGGAGUAUGACGUAUUAUGUACAGUUUGUCAUAAGCAGAUACUAAGGACAUGUUGUAUUCCUGGUCUCUCCAGGCACAGUCAUUUUAUGUGUCAUUUUCUAGUUUAGCAUCCUCAACACUGAUGCCUAAAACUCUAAUACAUGCAUAGGCCAACAUAUUUUUGAAAUAUUUGUUUAGGGUAUAAUGGAGAGCUCUCAUAAGGUUUAGAUUUGUUAUUUGAAGUGUAUUAAUACAGAGUGACUUGACUGUGUUGUUCAUAAAUGUCACUCCAAACGUUACAUCACUUGCUCACGGACACAUUACAUGUGUUUACUCUACAUUAUUUUAAUACUGUACAGACUUCUGCAUCAAAAAGCUUCAAACGUCACGCAUCAUAUAAUUGUUCGCAUUUCUUUGUGUCAUUGUUUGGAUUUCGCUGUUUACGUUGAUGUUUAAUGUGUUCGUUACUGAUAUUCUAGAGCAUGGCUAUAUCAUAAGCUUUUCUUUAAGAGAUCAGGAAUAAGUGCACUGAUUAAUUAAAGCAAUUAGAAAGGGCUUCAGACACUGCAACUGUUUGCUACGAUAGUUUUUGCCAGAUCCCUCUUUAUAAUCUGUCAUGUCGCGUUUUCACUUCAGUGUCCUUUUACAACAUACUGUUUGUCUGUGUGUGGGGUAUUUUUUGUUGUUGAUAUUGUUCAUUCUGUUUGAAUAAAAAAGUUUA